AUGUCACCAAUUCAAUGUUCUUUAUCAGUUCCAACCCAAUCAAAAACACCCCAGUUUGAUUUAAAGACUUAUUGGACAACUUUGACUCAAGAAAUCAAUCAGAAACUAGACCAAGCCGUUCCUAUUGAGUAUCCAGAUAAGAUUUAUGAAGCUAUGAGGUAUUCUGUUCUCGCUAAAGGUGCUAAAAGAGCUCCUCCUGUUAUGUGUGUUGCUGCUUGUGAGCUUUUUGGUGGUAAUCGUCUUGCUGCCUUCCCUACUGCUUGUGCUCUUGAGAUGGUUCAUGCAGCUUCAUUAAUUCAUGAUGACCUUCCCUGCAUGGACGAUGACCCAUCACGUCGAGGUCAGCCUUCAAACCACAAAAUUUAUGGUGUUGAUAUGGCAAUCCUUGCUGGGGAUGCACUCUUCCCUCUUGGCUUUCGCCACAUUGUCUCCCACACACCUUCUGACCUUGUACCAGAGCCACAACUUCUCUGCGUGAUUGCGGAGAUUGCACGUGCUGUGGGGUCCACAGGCAUGGCUGCUGGGCAGUUCCUUGACCUUGAGGGCGGCCCCAACUCUGUUGAAUUUGUGCAAGAGAAGAAAUUUGGUGAAAUGGGUGAGUGCUCUGCAGUGUGUGGAGGAUUGCUAGCUGGUGCUACGGAUGAUGAGAUACAGAGAUUGAGGAGAUAUGGAAGAGCAGUUGGGGUAUUAUAUCAAGUCGUAGAUGACAUCUUGGAAGCAAAAAUGAUGAAGAGCAAGGUAGAUGAGGAGAAGAAGGAAAAGAAAGGGAAGAGUUAUGUUGCUGUAUAUGGGGUUGAGAAGGCUAUAGAGGUGGCGGAGGAGCUGAGAGCCAAGGCUAAAAAGGAACUGGAUGGGUUUGAGAAAUACGGUGAUAGUGUAGUGCCCCUUUAUAGCUUCGUGGAUUAUGCUGCCGAUAGAGGUUUCAGUUUUGGGGAGUCGAGUUAG